UGUACUUUGUAAAGUUCAUUGUAAAAGUAGGAAGACAGAAAAUUUCGUUGGUAUAUUCUUAUGUAUUUUAAUUCUUUUUCGUAAGUGAAUUCAAAUUUUUCAAAUUGUCAACUAGUUCUGAUAAAACAAUAUUCAUGACGUAGACAACAUUCGAUUUUCGAAGGGACGUUAUCUGUCGUGUGAAUUGUGAUCGUACGCAGCGCGACAAUGUUGUCGAUUUUAUCCAUGAACUUUUCGAGAAAGCGUAUCGUGCGUGCGCUCAAGUCUACUUACGAAUUCCGAAGUCCGUGUAAAGAGCUCAAAGUGCGUCGAUCGCGCAUCGGGUGCAUGUAAGCAUUUGCAAUCUUGAUCUUUGCCGUGUGUGUGUGAGAGAGAAAAAGAGAAAAAGAAAGAGAGACACGGUUACACGUGUUCGAGGAUGCGAUGCAUCUAUUCCGUUACGAUGCUACGAUAUACGUAUUUUCCGUUCUCACGUGUUCGAGGAACACCUGUAGUGCCGCGAUUAUAAUUGCAGCGGUAUAAAAUGUCAACACAGCUAAGCAUGCAAGACAAAAAGGAUUUGGAGAAGUUUACCAAGUAUCUUGCAUUGAGGGCUGCCCAAGUCAUAGUGCAGUCAAGAUCUGGCCAGAAAGUCAAUACCACAUGCAAGCCGGACUCAUCAGCUGGCGACUGGGUAAAAUUUAAUCUGGCAAUAAAGGAACUACCAGAGGUGUCAGCUGAUGCUAAAAGGGCACUAUGUGGAGAGAUAGUAAGCUCAGCUGUACCUCUAUGCAUAGAAAUUUCUCUAAAAACAGUAGAGGGUGACAAAAUGGUUUUAGAAACUUGGAGCCUCAGCGUUUUGCCAGAGCAAAGUGAUCCAGCUGUACGAGUAACAUAUACUGUGUAUAACAGAAUGGGGAUUUUAUUGAAGUCCUUGCUUUCUGUAUCAAGAGUUACGCCUGCUUAUAAAUUGAGUAGACGUCAAGGACCUGAUUCCUAUACCAUGUGCUAUCGAAUAUACAUGGGAGAGCCUCAGCUACAUAAUUUAGGUGAUAACUAUAAACAUGUAAGAGUAGGUCAAUUGUGUACUCCAGUAGGCACUAUACAUCUAUCAGUUUCUUAUAGAACAAAAAUGACGAUAUCGCCCACUCAUAAGGGACGAGAUUCUAUCAUGCUUAAGAGUGAUCAUUUUCAUUCAGACUUAAGUCCGCGUCAUGCACGAUAUCAGCAAAGCGAAGAAACAUCAAAAUCACUUAGUGACACCAUCAAAGUUGGUGCAUUUGUAAUAAACAAACCUGUUAUUGUCAAUGAGGAAGAUCUCGUGAUACCAGACGUACCAUUCAGUUCGCUAUUAACACCCAAACAAACGUCGCCUCCUCCAAUAUCACUAGUAGAACCUAGUACGAAGACUACAAUGGCAGCUCUUACAACUGAUAGUAACAAUGGAAAUAACGAGAGACUUAAUAAUGAUAACACAAUUUCGAAAUCUCAAAACGGAUCUAGAAGGAGUAGUUGUUCAAUGACUAGCGCCAACGAUGAUUUUAUUAUGGUAGAUUUGAAAACUCCAUUCGCUGUCACGAAUACCAAUAGCGAUGUAGGGGCGUUUUAUCGAGAGUGUCAAAGCGCUCCACAAUUGCAAGCCUUUAUGGAAGAAAGGACACUUGCGGAACAAUUGGGAGAUCUCACUAAACAAUUGGAAACAUUUGAGACAAACAUGCAACACUACGAGGACAUUUUGUCAUCUUUGUAUCACACAGAAAAUAAUAAUUAAAGUUAGAAAGUCUGCUGACAAGUAACCGAUUUAAACAAAGAUUUGAUUGUACACAACUUUUGUGUACAAAUCAAUCAUUAUAGUGGAUGUACAUUAAAUGAACAAUGUGAAUAUUUCAUUUCCUGUGCUGAUUCUUUUCAUGUUUGUAAUAAAUAUUUAGAUAAAUUUGGUAUUUUCUACACCUGCAAAUGCAACUACAAUAAAGAUGUCCGACGAUUACUGCAUGUUUUUUUUAUUAUAAUCUAAUUUAACCCUUUGUAGUCACUGGGAGGCACUUUAUGUUUCUAAGAUCUUUUUUUAAGACGGAAUUUAAACUGCCAUUUAUUCGAAGUUUAAAAUAUCCUUUUUGCGCUUUCAGCCGCAUAUUAUUUUUUGGACAUCAGUCUGCGAUUUUUUUUAAUGUUAAAAUUAAAAAUUCUUUAAAACGACAUUACAUUUCCAUAUUCUACAGUUUAAAGUUUGUUCAGUAAUUUUUGUGAUUUUAAAGAAUAAAAAACUGUAAAUAUUAAUUAAAAUGUUGGAGUCAUUUUGCUCCAUGUGUGAUCAACAUAAAAUUUUCAGGAAGUGUGACUACGAAGGACUUAAAAAUGAAAAAAA